GAGGUGCGCUGGCACUUCGACGCCAAGCAGGGCUCCUGCCUCACCUUCCGCUACGGGGGCUGUGGGGCCAACAGGAACCAUUUUGAGACCUAUGAGGAGUGCCGGGCUGCCUGCUUGGGCAGCGCCCGCCCCACCUGCCUGCUGCCCAUGGUGCAGGGUCCCUGCCAGAACUGGGAGCCCCGCUGGGCGUACAACCACCUGCUGAAGCAGUGCCAUUCCUUCGUCUACGGCGGCUGCGAGGGCAACACCAACAACUUCGAGAGCAAG